CCACUCUGCGGAUAGCUAGCCGGGCCCGUUCAGUGUUCGAUGCGCGCGGUCGGCGCGUCAUGCACCGCCGCCGCGGCGACGGGGGCGCGAGUCAGGGCUCGCGUCGCGAGAUCCACCGCCCGCGCAUCGCGCCCGUCCGUCCUAUUCGCCGCGCGUCGCCGUCCGGCGUCGACGUGGAGACGCAUCGCGCCAGGCGCGACCGGGGGCGACUCCCCGGCCCCGUCGGAUGACUGCGACGAGACGCCCGGGACCAUAUCGUCGGACGAUAUAUUGCGCGAUGAGCUCAGGAAGGCCAUGGCGAGCGAGGGCGAGCCGUCCAUGAGCGAUGAAACGGCCGCCGACGCGGGAGAGCGCUCGGGUCGGAGCUACCGGAUCACUGUUCGCGGAGAGGAGGUCAUGCGAUACACCCUCCCGGACUUCUUCCCGGACUUCAACGAGACGCCGCUGGAGGCGCGGAUAAACUCCGGCGCCGACACCCGCAUGAAGGCCCAGGGCGGGACGGGCGGUGGUGGUGGUGGAGGAGGAGGAGGGUCCAAGUCGUACGUGUGGAAACGGGGCGUGCUCGCGGGCACGGAGAGAAGCGACCCGCUCGACGUCAUAGCCAAGGACAGGGAGCGGUUCGAGCGUACGCUUGGCGGCGAGGGACGCGAGUUCGCGCCCGCGGACGAAGACUCGAACGACGUGGACUCGGGGCUAACAAACGCGGGUGGGUCGGGGUCGAGACGGGCGAUACCGCCGCCGCCGGGGUACGCGGAGAGGCCCCUGGAAGAGCCGGGCGCCGUCACAAAAUCGUUGGCGGCGCUCACCCUCUUCUUCUACCUCACGGCGCUGGUGGCGACGUCGUCGAGGAGCAUACUGGGCGACGGGCCGCCGGCGCCGAUGCCGGGGAUGGAACGAGCGUUGGAGGUGCCGCCGCCGCCGGAGGCGAUCGUUGGGACGGCGGCGGGCGAGGCGUGGUCGAGCGGCGUGGAGAGGUUUCGAGUCGGGUCUCGCGGCGUCGGUUCCUAAUUCUUCGAAUCGGAUAUUAAAUCGGAAGCCCCCUCCGGCUUCGUUCGUCGCCCACCCCCUAGUCGUAGGUCAAUCCCUCCACCUGACGAUUCACCCCCGCUCGCUCACUGCGGCGGCUUCUCCCAGGUGGAGACGCCGGUGACCGAGUUGUAAUAAUAGGUCCGGCCCCGACCGUCGUCCAUGGGUUGCCACUCGGACCCUCCCGCCCCCGCACCGCCCCCCGCCGCCGGACCCGCGCCCCCCGCCGCGCCCCUGGGCACGGGUACGCCCGCGGGCACCGGGGGAGGCGCGGGCGCGGCGCCUCCCUCGCCCGGUUUUCCGCCCGCCUGUCG